UAUACAAUUUUUAGCUUUCCAAACAAAGCCCCUGAUGGAACCGAAAACCGUAGGGCUUUUAAAUAAAACUCAUCUAAACCCUACUGUUUCACUCCCCCAUUUUCAGUUCGAUAAUCGAGAGCUCCUCUCUCUCUCUCUCUCUCUCUCUCUCGCCCUUGAAAACCCUUUGGUGAUUAUUAUCCAGCGAAAGGGUCAGCCAAUCAGACCAAAGAAUCAGAAAAAAAAAGAAAAAGGAAAGCCGUCAUUUGAAGAUUUUGUUGCAAUGGAUGCCAUGUCACCAAAUUCACAACGCCGGCCAUUUUCAAUCAAGCUGUGGCCUCCGAGCCUGAACACACGACUAAUGCUUGUGGAUAGAAUCACCAACAAUCUUUCCAGCCAAUCCAUUUUCACUCAGAAAUAUGGCAGUUUGAGCAAGGAAGAGGCUGCAGAGAACGCUAAACAAAUUGAAGAUGCAGCUUUUGCCUCCGCAAAUCAACACUACGAAAAGGAGCCCGAUGGUGAUGGAAGUUCUGCAGUGCAGCUUUAUGCCAAGGAAUGCAGUAAGCAAAUCCUCGAAGUUCUUAAAAGAGGCCCUAGAGCCAUAGAGGACGGAGAAGUGAUCAAAGUUGAGAAAGUUACCGGGGCCAAUGAAACCUUUUUCGACAUAUCCAAAGGUCAGCGGGCGUUCAUUGGAGCAGAGGAGGCUCGGGAGCUUUUACGGCCGUUAAAGGAGCCCGGAAAUUCUUACACUAAGAUAUGCUUCAGCAAUAGAAGCUUUGGCUUGGAUGCGGCUCAUGUUGCAGAACCCAUCUUGAAAUCUCUCAAGGAUCAAUUGCAAGAAGUUGAUCUGUCAGAUUUUAUUGCAGGAAGGUCCGAGGAUGAAGCUCUUGACAUCAUGAAUAUAUUCUCAGCUGCCCUGGAAGGUUGUGUUUUGAAGUCUCUGAAUCUUUCAAAUAACGCUUUGGGUGAGAAAGGUGUUAGGGCAUUCGAGAAACUUCUGAAAUCACAGAGUAGCCUCGAGGAACUCUAUUUAAUGAACAACGGUAUCUCAAAGGAAGCUGCACGGGCCAUUUGUGAAUUAAUCCCUUCCACCGAGAAGCUUAGGGUUCUCCAAUUUCAUAAUAAUAUGACCGGAGAUGAAGGGGCCAUAGCUAUUUCUGAAGUUGUGAGGUGCUCUCCUUUGUUGGAGGAUUUCCGAUGCUCCUCUACAAGGGUAGAGUCUGAAGGAGGAAUCGCUUUGUCCAAAGCACUUUUGACGUGUACCCAUUUGAGGAAGCUUGAUCUUCGGGACAACAUGUUUGGCGUAGAAGCCGGAGUUGUGCUGAGUAGAGCACUUUCAAAACAUGCAAAUCUUACCGAGGUUUAUCUGAGCUACCUGAAUUUGGAAGAUCAUGGGGCAACUGCUAUAGCCAAUGCACUAAAGGAAUCAGCCCCGUCACUCGAGGUCUUGGAGAUGGCAGGAAACGAUAUAACUGCUGAAGCCGCUCCUAUUUUAGCUGCAUGUAUUGCCGACAAGCGUUUUCUCACCAAACUAAAUUUGUCCGAGAAUGAACUUAAGGAUGAAGGUGUUAUUCAAAUCAGCAAUGCUUUGGGAGACUGUGGCCAAUUAAAGGAAGUCGACAUGAGCACAAACUUAGUGAGGAGGGCCGGGGCUAGGGUAUUGGCUCAGGCUGUGGUGAAAAAACUCGAGUUCAAGUUGCUGAACAUUAAUGAAAAUUUCAUCUCUGAAGAAGGCAUUGAUGAGUUGAAGGGUAUAUUUAAGACUUGCCCUGAAAUGCUUGGGUCAUUGGAUGACAAUGAACCUGAUGGAGGAAAUGAUGACGACGACGAUGAUGAUGAUGACGAUGAUGAUGAUGAUGAUGAUGAGGAGGAGGAGGAGGAGGAGGAGGAGGAGAAAUCUGGAGACAAUGAUGAAUUGGAAUCGAAACUGAAGAACCUUGAUGUCAACUCGGAGGAGUAGAGAUUUUCUUAUGCCAGGUAUUUCUGACUGCUCAACUAACCACUGGAAAUCUGAAUUAGUGGUACUUGUUUUCAUCUCACAUUAUUUUGGAUUUACUGGUUUGUUUAAUCUUGCCAUGCCUGAGCAGGGUCAGUUUCGGUAAUUCCAGCAGAAACCUCAGCGCGAUUUCUUCGUCUGUAGGUUUAGUUUGAGCUUUUUAGGACCUUUUUUAUUUUGUAAUUUCAUGCAGUAACUCAUCUACGAUUCUUGCCGGAGAUGCCGACUUUUGAGGUUAUCUUGACAGUAUGGAACUUUGUACUGAUGAUUUGGCUCUCUCUCUCUCUCUCAUGUUCUAUUUUAGAACAGCUUUGUCCAAUUAUGAAACUAGAGAUUUUCAUCUUUCUAAAAGCUAGCUUUUCAGCUUGUUUUGAUUUCAUGGGACUUUCUCAAAGUAACUUGGAACAUUGCAAGUUAAUUGAAAUUUAAAAUAUUAAAAACUGAUCAGAAUAUUGUA